AUGUCGGAGGAAGACAAGACUUCCACUCCUAGCAAGCCCUCGGCUGCGGUUGCGCCAACCAGCCCUCGCGCUGAGUCGCCUACUACUGCACGACCUCUGGACUUUGACGAUGAGCCGCAAGAGUCUGGCGUCACUUCCACUAGCAACAACGCACCUUCGACUCAGCAGGCCCAGCAGACUGCCACCGAGACACCUCCCGCUGCCCCGCCAAAGCCGCCGCGGCCCAUGAGCCCCCGAGAACAGUCGGUGAACACACUGAAGGAGGCUUUCCCAACAGUUGAGCUCGCAGUCGUCAAGGCCAUUUUGAAUGCUAGCAAUUGGAAUGUCGAGCGCGCAUUCAAUGCCCUGCUGGGCAUGACCGAUCCCACCGCUCAGGAGGAUAUGGUCCCUCCCCCAAAGCCUCCUCGUCCGUCUCAAACCGCGGCAGCCACCUCUACCACGCAGCGACAAUUGGAAGCCGACGAGCAAUAUGCGCGCCAAUUGGCCGAGCACUACAAUGCCCCUGGCGCCGGACGCCGGGGUCCGGCUCCAGGAUGGGAGAACGACCCUCGGUAUCGCCAGCCACGUGGAAGUGAGGACUCGGAAGAUAAGGAUUACAAUUUCUUCGAAGAUGAUCUACCGGUGAUCCGCGAGAACUUCAAGAAGGGAUUCUUGGAGACACAAACGAAAGUCAACUCGUGGUUCGGAAACCUAAAGAAGCAGCUAAACGGUGAUGAGGAGGAAGAGGAGGAGCAGGGACGGUCCAGCCAGCGAUAUGAGCAGCAGACCUCAGCGUUUGGCCGCCCACGGCGUAGCGGCGAGAUGGGCCGUCGCAGUGGGGAUCGUGAGCGUUAUGAUGCAGACCCUCAAGUGCUGGGUGAUGAUUUCUCCGCACUUGAGCUGAGGGAUGGCGAGGUCGCACCCCCACGCCCUCCUCGUCCCGGCAACACCAACCUAAAGAAGUCCUCGUCGCCCUCCCCCGGUAGGAGGGUUUCCUUCCAAGACGGCCCUCCCGUCGAAAUCGAUAACCUCUACGACGCAUCUACUCCGAACAAGCGCAGCGCCCCGGCCAGCGGCAAGUCCAGCAAGUGGCAGCCCCUGGCCACUGUUGAACCGUCCCCAGUAGCCGAGAACGACCCGUUCAGCCUCGGCGACAGCGAUGAUGAGAAGGAUACCAAGGCCAAGGAGCAGACCACCGUUCCUGAAAGCGAGCAGCUCAAGAAGGCUACCGCCGAGGCCAUGUCCGGGGAGAUCGGGUCGUCUACGGAUGAUAAGAAAACGGGUGAUUCGUCCAAGUAA